UUCAAUGAGCUCAUUCGCGAGCAUGAGCUCCGCGGAUCUUACGGAAUCCGACCAGCUCCGGUUUUUCUACAGGAUCUAUCCUGUAGAAGGCGGAACUGGUUAAACGGCUCUAGCAGAUCUAAUAGUUCUCGCCUUUCACUCGGGGUCUCGCUUGACAACCGAUCGAUUUCACAACUGCAAAUACUAUCGACCCCCUGCGAACUAGCGGUUAUCGCAAACUACGUCAGCUGUUUGUUCGGACGUGGCCCGCUAUCGUACGAGCCCCCCUCGCGUUGUCGGGGAUUACACAAGCCCCCUGCAGCGAGGGAAUAGGGAUUCCUCGUCGCCUCGCCGGGAUUCGAAAUCUCGUGGCAGCAUGCGGUAGAACAUCGACCUCAGAUCAGCGUGCAAAUUCUACAAAGCAACAGCAACAAUGUUCUCCUGGAGGAGUGUCUUCUCUGUCGUCUCACAGAAGUUUGGGAGAAAGCUACAUUUGUCAAAAGUCCGGCAAGAAGCUGUAAUCAUAGACGGGACGAAAAUAGCAGAACAAAUUCAAGAGGAAUUAAAGGUGGUUAUAGAUACUUGUAUAAAUGCUGGGAAGAAAAGGCCAAAGUUAGUGGCGAUAUUAGUAGGAAAUCAUCCAUCCAGUAAAGCGUACAUUGGUAGAAAAAUGAAAGCAGCAAAGUCGAUAGGUAAUUUUAUGUUUACUCUCAACAAACAGAUAAUUUUCGCAUUGCUUAGAAUUCGUAUUGCUAAUCUCCUUUAUCAAUUGCCAGGAAUUGAGAGUUACACCAUUCAUUUGGGAGAAAAUAUAACGCAAGCAGAUCUUCUUAAGGAAAUUGACAGUCUUAACAGAGAUCCAUCUGUUGAUGGUGUUCUGGUACAAUUGCCACUGCCGAAAGGCAUAAAUGAGAGAGAAGUAUGUCAAGCGAUAAUUCCUAAAAAGGACGUGGACGGCUUUCACUUGGAGAACCUUGGUAAUCUGACACUGGACAAUAACAGUAUUGCACCAGCUACCGCCUUAGCUGUUAAGGAAUUAGUACUUAGAAGCAAAAUCGAAACUUUUGGAAAGAACGCCGUAGUUGUGGGUAGAUCAAAACAUGUUGGACUGCCUAUCGCGCUAUUACUUCACGCAGAUGGCAAAGGCGAAACGGGUGCGAUGGAUAUGACAACGACAAUCUGCCAUCGUCACACACCUCACACGGAGUUAGAAAAGUAUACGAAACUGGCGGAUCUGGUUGUAGUCGCGGCCGGGGUUCCCGGCUUGAUUACUAAAGAGAUGAUAAAACCAGGCGCUUGCAUAAUCGAUGUGGGUAUCACCAGGGUGAAGACGGCAGACGGCAAGUAUCGUCUGGUGGGAGACGUAGAUUACGACGGCGUGAAGGAGGUUGCUGGAUAUAUCACUCCAGUUCCCGGCGGUGUAGGUCCCAUGACGGUGGCAAUGCUGAUGAAAAAUACGGUCAAGGCUACUAUGAGCAACCAAGAAGACACAAAGCAAUCCGAUCAUUUAGAAGAUAGUGAGGCAUUUGUAUAUUGACACAUGGCAGUAGAUUGUUUCAUUUAGAAUCUCUAUUUAA